AUGAAUCUGUUCCGUAUCACGGCUGAUGUGGCUCACGCCGUGGCCAUCGUCAUCCUGUUACUCAAGAUAUGGAAGUCCCGCAGUUGUGAAGGAAUUUCCGGACGGUCCCAGAUCCUUUUUGCCAUUACCUUCUUCACCAGAUACUUGGAUCUCUUCACCAGCUUUUACUCCUUAUACAAUACCGUGAUGAAGGUUCUCUUCCUUGCUGGAUCCAUCGGAACCGUCUACUUGAUGUGGGUGAAAUUCAAGGCAACUUACGACCGCAACAACGACACGUUCCGCAUUGAAUUCCUUGUUAUCCCAAGCAUAAUCCUUGCUCUGAUCAUCAACCACGAAUUCAUGUUCAUGGAGGUUAUGUGGACGUUCUCGAUCUAUUUGGAAGCCGUCGCCAUCAUGCCACAACUCUUCAUGCUCUCUCGAACCGGAAACGCUGAAACUAUCACUGCUCACUAUCUCUUUGCCCUCGGAUCCUACAGAUUCCUCUACAUCUUCAACUGGGUUUAUAGAUACUACACCGAGAGCUUCUUUGACCCGAUUGCUGUUGUUGCCGGAAUCGUUCAAACCGUUCUCUACGCCGACUUCUUCUACCUUUACAUCACUCGUGUCAUUCAAUCGAACCGUCAAUUCGAGAUGUCUGCAUAG